AAUUGUUUCCCCUAAGCUGAAAUGGAAGAAUUUUUUGGAUUCUAAUCGAAAAUAUUUUUAUUCUCAGAUGACCUGGGCUAAAGCAAAGGAGUUCUGCGAGACGUACGGCAUGCACCUGGCCUCCCCGAAGACCAUUGAAGAGAUCAAAGGCGUGCGCUCGUUAGCACUGCGUAUGGGAACGAAAUACUACUACUGGUGGGUGUCGCCGUCGAAUGUCGGGCAAUCAUCGCCCGGUGACUUCAGGUGGCACGACAUGACCAAGCUUCCCAUCGACAGUCCGUUGUGGUCCAACUCUCAGCCCAACGAUUAUUUUGGCACCGCAGAAAGUACGUGCGGCUACUUCCACAGUGAUGCAGAUCUACAACCUUUCCUGGAAAGAUUGCUCGACGGCCCUUGCACUAAAUCUAAUAACUUUGUGUGCGAAGUGCCUGCCAAAUGCCUAUACUUGAAUAUUUGACCCUCA